AUUGAUGGAAUUUGGUGAUACUCCGUCUAGUGCUUUAACAUUAGACGAAUUUAUGACAGUGGAUUUAGAAGAAGAACAGGAUCCCCCAGCAUUUAAAGCGGCACGCAAAAAGGAUAGAGAACGUUUACAAAGAUUAGAAAACAUAGAUAUGGAAAUCAGUGAGCUGCAAGCAGAAAUUGAUAAACAGUUAGAAGAUUAUAGACUAGGAGGGAAAGUGAAAAAAAGGAAGGAUGCAAUGUUUAUUGAGAGCGAGGAUGCAGAUAGAUUUAUUCGAGAAAGCAAUUUAAGCAUAAUCCAACGGUAUGUUGAGAACAAUAUCGAUGAUCCUGAUGAGAAGGUUCGAGAUGCUGUUUUAGAUGAAAAUACUAGUUCACUUAUAACUGGGUUAGGUCCGGAUAUAGCAUCUAUGAUGUCUGCAAAUAAUCAUUCCAAUGAAACCAAAGAGAAGAACAGUAAUUUCGAAAAUUCUUCUGAGGAAAUCUAUACGAAUGACAUCGAUGACGAGGAAUUAGAUAGUUAUAUUCUUUCGGAAAAGGAAUCGCAAUCUAAAUCUGCCCUUUGGAAUAAAGUAAACGCUGAUUAUCUUAUUCAACAAAAAGAAAAAGAAGAGAAACGUUUGAAAGAGAAGGAAGAAGGUAAACCCGAAAGAAAAAGAAGAAGAACAACUUCCAAAAAACAUAGAACGCCCGCGAAUACUGCAGGCGAAGCAAUCGAAAAAAUGCUGCAGGAAAAGAAGAUAUCUUCCAAAAUUAAUUAUGAAGUAUUAAAAAAUUUAAAUAGUCAACAACAAAACAAUCAGGAGUCACUCAUCACGAAUACGUCGGAGUUAGAUACGUUAAGUUUUAACAAACCGGUAAUGGUUGCUUCUACACUGAAGUCUGCAGAGGCUCUGUUAAAGAAAUAUCAUUCCAUCAAACCAAAUACUCAACAAUUGAAGAAACCAUUGGAAAAAGUAUUAGAUAAAGCAUCCAAAAAAGAGGAAGAAUUUACAAAGGAGGAAAACAGUUCAAUGGAAACGCCUACAGCGGACAUGUCAGAAAUAGAAUAUGAUAAUGAUGAUUAUCUUGACGAAGAGGAACCCGAUGCUACGGAAAUGUCACUUGGACAAAUGUUGGAGUCUCAUGCGACAUCCGAGGGCGAAUAUUGUGAUGAUGGCUAUGAAUAUGAAUAAAAAAACUAAAAUUAGAAAAAAAUUAAACUUAAUAUUUAUAUAAGUUUUUAAUUUUAUUAUUUAUUAUUAUAAUAAGAAUAUAGUUAGUAGAAAAACGUUAUGUAAUCUAGACAAAUGACUCAUUCUUUUUUUUAUAAUAAUUGUUAUAAUAAUACAAGUCGUUUACCUGCA